AAUUCAUCACCUCUAAACAACAGGAAACACACCCAAUGAUUUCAUUAAAAUCAAGAGCAUUUUCACAACGCACGGAGCCUCUGGUCCCUCUCACAAUGAAGCUGCCGGCUCUGAUUGAUCUGAGUCUCAUAUUGAUCCUGACCUCCUAUUCAAAAGGUCAAGACUGGACUAUUAAUGUCACUCAACACUAUAAUGCAACAAAGAACUCAACUGUGACCAUACUGUGCACAUUUACUUAUCCGAACGAAUACCACACCGAUGCUGUUCAGGUUUACUGGAAAAAACCUGGGAAAAGCAGCUUCAAUACCGGAGACAAGGACACCAACCAGUUUGUCUUUCACACGAAUGAAAAGUUAGUGGAGAAGAAAUACAGAGGAAGGACCAAGCUCAUUGGAGAAAAAGAUAACGGAAACUGCUCCCUCAGGAUUCAGAAUGUCAUGGAUAAUGAACAGAGUCUCUAUAUGAGAAUUAUCGCAAAUGGUCAAAACUACAGCUUCAAAAGGGAACCUGUGUCCAUUUCAGUGUCUGGUGUUGCAACUGUUGUUCUCAGCCAAGGUACGAACCCCCCAUUAUUCACCGCCGCAACCCCACGCAUGCAUGGGAACAACUUACCCAUGUAUGCAGCCAUCAUUGUUCCACUUUCUUUUCUUCUCCUCGUUGUCGUCGUCGGUGCUGCAGUUUGCAGUCACAAAAAGUGCAAAAGCUUUACUCCUUUUUACAGGUCACAAUCUUUAACCAGGGAGGAAUCUGGAUACUAUGCAAAUUUUAGCAGAGCAUCAGAUGACCCAGCCCAAAGAGAAGCAUCCUGCAAUAUUCAACAAAACAAAACAUUUUCUGAACCGAAUAUUAUUGAUGAGCCCAUCUACGUCAACACCGAGGUCCUUACAGGUCAGAUGGAUGAGGAUGACAUACACAAUGUUUACGGAAAUGUAGAUUACUCAUAAUAGCACAAGAGCUGAAUCUCGUAAAUCUAUUUGGUCUUAAACUUUUGCCUCAAAUGCAACCUUUGAAUUCUGCAUCGUUUUGUGUUUUGUUCAUGUCUGUGAAACAUCCUCUCUAGGCUAUGAAAGAUAAACUGUGUGUCAUAAUGUUAUUGCAGAACAAACAACUACAGGGUUAUUAUUUAUUAUUUUCUGGCUCACUGUUGCAAAGAUUGCGAGAGGCCACCCAGGAAAGGUUUUAAAAUGUGUGUGUUUUGUAAUACCCAGAUGUUCCCUACAAAAAAAACGGCCUGUUAUCGUGUCAGCAUGUUCCUUACUAGACCUAAAUAGAUGCAGACUCUCACGUACUCGCCCAGUUCUGCUUCAAGGACCCUGAAUGACCACAAAGAUACUCAAAUUCACUAAAAAGAGACAUAAAUAGAGCAUUAAAGGCUCAAUAUUAUAAAGACAACAUGUCUUUAUGAUUUGUAGUAACUUCAUGACUUUUUCAGUUUGGUUGUCUUGUCAUUUUUAUGUGUGUCUGUUACUCCUGUGUCCAGAUGUUUAUUUUCUUAUCAUUUCUUCACGGCUGUAGACUAACAGGAGUAACAAAUAGCAGGUAUUUAUUUACAUUAUUUCAUAUUAUAAAAUUUAAGUUGUUUGGCAGUCAUGUAAGAAAGUAUAACAAUUAAUAAUGUACAGUCUGUUAUAGCAAAGACCUGUUUAAAAUAAAAGUAGUUUUAGUUUGAAAUUCCCUUUUGUGUUUUUAGUGGGCAGUGUUUCCUUCCACUUUACAUAUAUACACGUAGGUACCAUAGAAUGAUAGGUUAUAGUCUGUUGGUUUUUUUUAUAGAAUCUUUUUAUGGUUUAAUUUUAGUUUUUUUUGUUGUGAGCACUAAAGCACCAGCCUUUUUUCUGUGGAAAUGAUUCAUGUGAUCUAAGUUAUUCUAAAGCAAGAGGCUUCAUCGUAUGACUGCAUAACCUCUCCUGAUCUUUUGGGUUUGUUUGCGUUUUUCUUUCUCAAUUUAUUUGCAAAAUUAACUUCCUGUUUCACCUCUGCUCUGGCUGAAACUUCUGUUUUCUUACAUGCUGUUUUCUUCUAUAAAUUCAGUCUUAUAUCCAGAGAUUAAGUUAUUACCUGUUGUGUGAUGUUUAAUGACAUUAUCAAAGUAAAAACGGUUUAAAGGGAAA